GUGAAUGUAGUAUUUAGGUGGUGUGACUAUCACCACCCAUUUGUUUUUGUUAUGCAGUUGUAUAGCUGCACGAUCAUCACUAGCGGUUCAUCUUCUGGGGUUUAGUAUUCUCUGAGGCUCAAAUAGAUGGCGUCGGACCAAGUAAGAGCAUCCCACAUACUGAUCAAACACCAGGGAUCGAGACGCACGGCGUCGUGGAAGGAUCCGGAGGGGCGCGUUAUCCGUAACACCACCCGGGACGCCGCCGUCUCCCUGCUCAGAGGCUUGCGCCAAGACAUCCUCUCCGGAAAGUCACUUUUCGAGGAUAUCGCCUCUAGCUACUCUGAUUGCAGCUCCGCGAAACGCGGCGGAGAUCUUGGUACUUUUGGCCGUCGGCAGAUGCAGAAGCCAUUCGAAGAUGCAGCUUUUGCACUUCAAGUUGGUGAUAUUAGCAACAUUGUUGAUACGGAUAGCGGUGUUCACAUAAUUAAAAGAACUGGUUGAUAUAUGGAUGGAAUUGAAGAACACAAAUCAGCCAUACCAAGAAUUCACAGUUAAUGUUUUUUUUCCUUUUUGAGUGUUGUGGCGCGCUAUUAUCUUGGUUUGUUCAGAACCCAAUGCCCAUACUACUUUGGGAAACAUUUUCUCCUUUCUCUGCUGUGUUUUGGCUUGAAGAAUGUGCUUGAACUAUGUUUUGCUGCAUGCCUUUUGACUUUUGGAGAUUGGCUGUUUCAAGUGAGAUAUCUUGUUAGAGUAGCAAGAGGCUAUUUGGUAUUCCUAUUCUCCCACUUUUGAAUGCGGCUUCAUGGCCCUU